AUGGCCGACCGCAGCCUAUCAGAAGAGUCCAAUCUAAAUGCCCCGCCCAUAGCCCCAAACGGCAACGAUCAGGUCACGGAAAACAACCAAUGGCAAGAGACAUCACUCGAUGUCACGCCCACAAAUCCAAGCAACCCAGCGGCUGCAAGUGAUGGCGAUUCUGCUGCCGCUCCAAGGUCGAAGUUCACUUUUCACCAAAAGAUCAUCUUUCUCAGCGCGGGUUUGACUUCCUUCGCAACUUGGAGUUCCUAUGCCAUCAUUUCAGUUUUCUUUGCGACAGAGGCUAAAGCGAAAGGAAUGUCGCAGACGGUCGUAGGACUUGUGUUUAGCUGCUACUUCAUCGCGUCUGGUAUAGGUGCACCGAUCUGGGGCAAAGUUCUGCCACGUUUUGGCGCCCGUUUCGUAUUUCUUGCGGGAGCUUUUGUCACCGGCGGUUGCAGCGUCCUGCUGGGCUUCGUUGUGGAUAUGCCUACAUUGGCAACCUUUACAGGUUUCACUUUUGCCAUACGGACCCUAGAAGGCCUUGGAUCGUCCGCCUGCAAUACUGCUAUAGGUGCCAUUCUCACCUACACCUUCAAAGAUAAGGUCGGCGUUGCAACAAGCAUGAUAGAAACUGUCACCGGGAUGUCGUUUACACUUGCACCAGUAAUAGGCGGACUCUUCUAUCAUGUAAGUAUUGUGGCGGGAACCCCCCGGGCCAACCCAAGUCUUUUAUUAGCCUGCCGCUACGCUCAGAACCACGCCCAUGACCACGCCCACAACUAUGCCAAUGACUACGCCCACGACAACACCCACAUAAACACGACCAAAGCCUCCUGA